AUGUCAGAACACAGCCGCGACUUCCUGUGUUCUUUCGUUUACGGCUACGACUACGCACCUCGUCUGAAUUUCUCAUCGCUGGAGGACCUAAGAGCCCGGCUAGUGCACGCGUUGGUCGUUUGCCAGACUCCGAAGGCUCUGAUUAUGCCCAACCGCAUCGCUGCCUUUGUUCUUCGCUUGAUUGGCCCUUGCUUUGGCUUGCCCACCUGUGGAGAGAUCGGCGCUUUUCUCAGCCAUGACGUGAAGGAGAAGUUGCUAAAUCCAAACCUGGAGGAUAUCUACGAGGCGCCCUUUGGAGAAAAGUUCAAAGCUUAUGCUGAUGAAGUCACCGGUGGUGUUUCUCGGGUGGACCGGCUUCUGGACGGAGAGCGUUCUCUAAUGAGGUGGAAAAAGCCCGAGGUACGCCAGCUACUGCGACUCCCCCGUCCUUAUCCCAAGAGUAUGUAUCCGGAUUUUUUCUCACAGGCAAAUGUUGACAAACUCCUUAACACAAUGAGUGAUGGUCGCUUUGGGGCCCGUGUACUUCAUCUACUCGAGGUUGAUUCAGACUUCGAAGUGCCCGGCGUAAAACCUUUUAAAAAGAAAGGCUAUGUUCCUCCGCCCGUUGCAGUGUGGUCCAACGUCGAACUGUUUAAUACCCUUUUGGUGCACCCCAAGAUGUAUUUGAACCACGUUCCACUGUAUGUCAGCAACGCCUGGGACCGCCUCUGGCUUUCCAUGCAACAUCCAGAUAAGAUAUUCUAUAAGGUGGACGACCGAAACUUCACUGACAACCAUAAACCCCUGCCUGGUGUCAGACGACAGCCUGAGGAACUGGAUGAGGCCUAUUGUCGAAUUCGUGUCAUGAGGCCAUUGACAAUUGACGUUUGA